AUGAUUACCUUCCUCCAACUCCUCAGCCUCUUCUUCAUCGCUUCUAAAGUGGAUGAAGAGGACAAGGACAAAGACUCGAAGUAUGACCUGUCCUUGUACAAACGUGGCGACCUUUUGGAAGUUCCUAGAACUCUCUUCACUCAUUUCGGCAUCUACCUGGGCAACAACCGGGUGGCCCACUUCAUCCCGGACAUCCUUCCGGUAUUCACCAAGAACAAGGCUGCCAUCGGCAAGAUGGUGACCAACAACCGGCUGAUUCUAGGGGUGAUCGCCAAGUCGGCGAGCGUCAGGGUGGACUCGUUGGUGGAUUUUGCGUAUGGCUCGGAGAUCCUGGUCAACCACAUGGACAAGCUGUGCAGCCAGCCCCCCCUGGAAGGGGACGAGGUGGCCAGGAGGGCAGAGAAGCUCAUGGGCUCCAUGACCUACAGUUUGCUGUGGUACAACUGUGAACACUACGUCAUGUACUGCCGCUAUGGCAUGGCCAUCAGCUACCAAACCUACCAGGUGGAGUAUGGGUUCUGUACGACAGUGAGGAAAAUCAUCUGCAGCAGGAUGAACGCCUACCUCACAGCUCUGUGUGGAACGGGCACCAUGUUAUACCUGGGCUCCCUAACGCUGCUAAACACAGUACCCACCCUGCUCGUCCCCUUCACCAUCUGGAUGGCAUCGUAAAACGGCCACAGACAC